AUGGCUCUUGGCGCAAACGAAACCAGGAUGCCUUUCUGUGCCACCAAAGAGCCUUCCGAGGAACUUGUAAAAUUCCAUCAGUAUUUCUCCAAGCAUGAGGGUAUGGCCCGCCGCAGCGAACCUCUGUCCGAGAUUGAAGUUGGCGUCUGGGUGCACGUUGUCGUACCGGCCCGUGACAACAGUAGCAACGUGGCCUACAUAACUUUGAAAGUCCUCAAUGUCGCUUUUGCUCCAGCUGCCAUCUCCUUCCACCUGCUGGGUGCCGAUCGGACGUAUAAUGCCGGUUGGGCAACCGGACACGACGGUCGCUCCAUGAAGAAAGCCCUUUAUAAGGGAGGUCAGGAUCGUUUGAACAUAUAUAUUGUUGAGAAGCCAUUUGCUAACGAAGACGAUAUUACUGGUUAUACCAUAUUACCCUCUCAUCUCUGGGGAACUCACGAUGGCAUUGUUAUCCGCGCGAGCACUAUCCCUGGUGCAGUUCAUGAAGAUAUAAAUACUGAUGGUAAGAGUUAUCUUUGGGAUGGCUACAGAGCCGGCGUCGUACUUGUCCAUGAGACUAGUCACUGGUUUGGCCUAUUACAUACCUUUGAAGGCAACGACUGCGACGGUCCCGGCGACUAUGUCGACGAUACUCCAGCUCAGAAAGAAGCUACUGGCGUUUGCGGGAUUCGUAAAGAUUCGUGCCCUGGUUCGCCUGGACAGGACCCUGCGAAUAACUACAUGGAUUAUUUACCCGAGUUUGUUACCCCGACAGAGAGUGAAAGAAAAAGUAACUAA